AUGUUGGCGCGAGAGCGGGGGGAGAACGCGCGGUUGAGCGAGGAGAACGCGCGAUUGGGGGAGGAAUUGCGCGCGAGGGGGACGGAGACGCCGGCGACGCGGGACGAGGAGGAGGAGGAGGAGGAGGCGCUGGAUGAGACGGUGAAGGAGCUGUUCGAUCUCGUGGAGAGCGAAAGGCGAGCGCGACGGGCGUUGGAGGAGAAAUUGAGCGAGUACGAACGAGGGGCGGGGGAGGAGCGGGACGAGGACGCGACGCGACGCGCCGAAGAAGCCGAGGAGACGGUUCGCGAACAAGAGAAGAAGCUUUCGCAGGCGGCGGACAUCAUCGGUGAGCUUCGCACGACGUUGUUGCAAGUGAUGGAAACGGAGAAUCGCGGUGGCGCCCCGGAAUCGGUGACGACGAAUUCGCAGGUGGAUGGCGAAGAGCGGAGAGACGGCGGGACGCCGUUGGAGCGAACGACGGCGGCGGUGAAGGUAUGGGAAGGUAAAGUCGAGAAGCUCGUCCUGGAGACGGUGAAAUCGGCGUUAGAGCGCGCGAUGGAUUCGCCCGCGCUGCAGACGAAUAAGCGCGAGGGCGAGCAAGUCGUGUCGAGCGUCACGGAUGCCAUCAAUCACGAACUGAGCGCCAUCGUGGAAAACGCGAUGUCGGGCAUAGUCGACGAGAUGCGAUUUCAGUUCGGUCAAGAAGACGAGGACGAGGAGGAAAUGGGAUCCGUCGGUGGACGUAAACGAUUCAUCGUCUGGCUCGCCGAUGAGAACAUGCGUCGAGCGCAGCUUGAAGAACAACUCACCAACGUUCAAGACGAGCUCGCGCGUUCAGAGGCGUCGCGGCAAAUCGCCACGCAGCGCUGGCUGCAAGCCAUGAACCAAAUAGACGGCAGCGCGUUUGACGACGAAAGCGAUCUGGGCGAAAUUCUCAGUCGAGUCGACGACAUGUCCGACGACGGGACGUCCGUGUACAGCCUUGAACCGGGAGAUUUAGGAAGUCCGCGGCGGCGAAGGCCGGCGGCGAAUCGCCGCGCGAUGUCCGUCGUCGGCGAAGCGCCCAUGCGAUCGGAUGCGCGCCGACGCGCGACGAAAUCGGAAACACACGAGCACGUCAAUCUUCAUGACGUCUCGAUAGGACCGCACGGGCGUCUGGAGACGUUUAAAGAAGAGGAAGACGAUCCAAUCGUCGAUCUCGCCAUAGAAGCCACGCCCGGAGGCAGCGUCUACUUCGCCCUCCGAGCCGCCGCGCGAAACGUCCUCGUCCCGUGUGUGACGCGCGCUGCCGUCGUCAUCUAUCGCAUCGCACAACACAUCCACGCGUUGUGCGUCUACUGCGCCAGCAGUCCGAACUUCGAGCUCAUCUGGCCCGUCGUCCUCCUCUUGGCGGCGUUUUACUGGAAAAUCGGCGCCUUUGACGGCGCCGUCGUCGCCUCGCCCGCCGUCGCCGUCGUCGCCGAGCGCACCGCUCGCGCGCGCGUCGCCGCACCGCCCGCAGUGGCGCAUCACCCGCCGAGCAUACGCAUCGUAGACUAG